AUGGCGGUCGUGGGCUCCGGGAAGCGUGUCUGUCUGCCUUGGGAUGUCCUCCUUCAGCUGCUUCUGCUCUCGUGUUUGGCGGUGGGCUCAGAGCUCCACUCACUGAAAUUUUUCAGUUUUGCUGUCUCCGAGCCCAGUCCGGAGGUCCCUGAAUUUGGUUUGCUUGUCUAUCUGGACGACCACUUCUUAGCACAGUAUAAUAGUGAAAACCAGAAAUUAAAAUUCCAGAGUAAGAGGGUAGAGAAUCGAGUUGGACCUGAGUAUAUUGAAAAGCAGAUCUUGCAGAUUCGCCUCUGGCAGGAUUGGUUCAAAAGCCAAAUGCAAGACAUCAUGAGCCACUACAAUCAUAGUGGAGGGUCUCACACUUUCCAGAAUGUGAUUGACUGUGAGAUCCAGAAAGACCACAGCCCCACGGGAAUUUUCCUCUGUGGAUAUGAUGGUGAGGACUACAUUUCCUACAACCUGGUUGAUGGAACCUGGACUACGGAAGAUUAUGUGGCUGAAAUCACCAAGCAAAAGUGGAACAUCACAGAGGCACACAGGCACACACUGCUUGGUAAAUGUAUCCAGAUUCUCCAGGAGUUGGUGAAGUACAGGAAAUACAUCCUGGACCUGAAAGAACGACCAUCAGGGCUAGUCACCCAACAUACAAGCCCCAAGGGAGAGACGAUCCUGAAGUGCUGGGCCUUCAGCUUCCCCUCCCCAAAUAUCGUGCUGAGCUGGCUGAGGGACGGGGAAGAAAUGGAGCAGGACACCAAUCACGUGGAAGCGCGGCCCAGCGGGGACUGCACCUACCAGAAGUGGGCAUCCCUGGAGAUUUCCCCUGGGGAGAAGGAGAGAUAUAUCUGCCGGGUGAAGCAUGGGGAGCUGAGUGCCCAGUUCAGCCAGACCUGGGAGCUGGAACCUAACUACUUGACCAUCUGGGUCAUUGCUGCAUGUCUCAUUACUGUCCUGGUCAUCAACUGUUGGGGCUGGAAUUGUGUACUGGAGGAAGAGAAACAUGUCACCAACAAUCCGUGA